AUGUCUUUUUUAAUAAUUGCUCAAAGAAAACUGAAUCGUCAAGGUCUUCUCGGUUGUUAUCGUUACACUGGCACCAUUGAAGAAAUUAGAGGUUAUCAGUCGCUAACAAUACCCGUCACCAAUGACUACAAUGAAUGCAUUGAACAUUGUGAGAAUCACGCUUAUCAGUUUGCCGGCAUCAUUAUUAGAAGCGAGUGUCACUGUAGUGACGUCACUCCCAAAGUAGAGAAACCUUUACCAAUCAACGACUGCUUUGGCCGAUGCGAAGAGAAUCCUAUACUAUACCAUACUAUACUCUCUCUCUCUCUCUGUCUCUGUCUCUCUCUGUCUCUGUCUCUGUCUCUCUCUCUCUAUAUAUAUAUGACUUAUUUUUUCUUUUCUGGAGGACGAUAUAUGGACUGGGGAAUGAAUUGCAUUAAGGGUCAGCCUUCAACUCCUUUACGACUAUGGAAAGCCGCCCACGAACGAUCAUGCCUACAUUACGAAUAUUACUCCAGUUGUCUUCGGAAAUCUGGCGCACACUUCCAACUCUCCAUCCAUGUUCCUGAGACAUUUGCCCCUUAUUUCUGUGUACGCCAUUGCAAGAGAAAUGGAUUCGGUUAUGCGGCUCUAAAUGAACAGAACAGGGCCUACAUAAAGACGAGUAGCAGUCUGAUUCUAUCUAUCUAUCUAUCUAUCUAUCUAUCUAUCUAUCUAUCUAUCCAUCUAUCUCAGUCUAUUCAUAUCAUAAACAUUCUGUAUUUGUUCCUAUCUAUCUAUCUAUCUAUCUAUCUAUCUAUCUAUCUAUCUAUCUAUCUAUCUAUGUCAGUUUAUUAUCUAUAUUAUUCAAAUCUAUUCAUUUGGCAGAUCUAUCUAUCUAUCUAUCUAUCUAUCUAUCUAUCUAUCUAUCUAUCUAUCUAUCCCUUUGAUCUAUCUAUCUAUCUAUCUAUCUAUCUAUCUAUCUAUCUAUCUAUCUAUGAUAUAAUAAGGAACAAAUAG